AUGAGCACGCCGGCGAACGGAAACCUCGAAUACAGUGUCGACGGCGGAGGACCGUAUCCCAGCGGCACCACUGUUAGUUUGAAAUGCAACGCAAAUUUCAAAUCGAGUAGUGGCUCGACGAACGCCACAUGUCAAAAUGGAGUCUGGUCGUCGCCAAGUCUGGCAACGUGCCAGAAGGCGGAUAGCAAAGCGGCCAUCGGCGGAGGAGGAGUCGGAGGAGGAUCGUCGUGUCUCUUCGGCAUCGCGCCAGUCAUCAACGCAAACCUCGUCUACUCGAAUAAUGCCGCCGUUGGACCGUAUCCCAUGGAAACCGUCGUAACGGCAGUGUGCACUGGCGGCACAGUGCCCAGCGGUGGAAUGACAGCCUCGUGUCAGAAUGGCAACUGGGUGCCUUCGACGUUGGGCACGUGCAGAACCAUUGGCUCAGUUCCAACACCAGGAAGCAGUCUGCAAUGUGGAAGAUUAGGAGAUCCUCUCGGUGGAUCGCUUGUGUACAGUUCGCUUGGCUUCGGACCAUAUCCAUCAGGAAGCAGCGUUAGCUUGGUGUGCAAUUUGGGAUAUACACUUUCCGGAAGCGCGGUGUCGAUUUGCACCAAUGGCGUCUGGACGCCAUUGCCCGGAACGUGUACGAUGAACAUUCUACGCAAACCCGCAGCAGCUCCGCCAACGAAUACAUCAAUCCCACAACAGAAGGCAGUGGGAAUCAUAAUGUCGAACGCGACACUCUACGAUUCGCCGAAAGACGGCGCCUCGAUUGAAUCGUGUCUUCCGCCAAUUGCGCCAUCAUUCGGAGAGAUCACACUUUCGAGCACAUCCACCAAUCACUCAUAUCCCGAAGGAACGACAGCCGCACUGAAAUGCAAUUUCGGCUAUAAAUCAAGAGGUCCAACAUUCUCAACAUGCCGUAAAGGCUCAUUCCGUCCGAUACUCGGCAAAUGCUCGAACGAGACCGACGAGAAGCCGGCGGGAAUUUGUGUGCCGCUUUCGCCUCCAAGAAAUGCGAGGAUCGUUUACAUUCAAUCCGGACCAUCAUUGGAUUUCGAGGACGGCACCACAGCUCUUCUGUACUGCGAAGAAGGGUACGCGGUGACCGGCUCAGCGACUCUUCAAUGCCAAGGCGGCCAAUGGGAGCCGGCGAGCGGCUUCGGAAUGUGCGAUGCGAUCUAG